UAUUACGCAUCAGGUGUAUAAAAAUUAGUAGAAACUUAGAUCAUCUCUUACUUAUUCAAUGAUUUCUCAUCGUAUAGGUUGACAAAAGAAUGGGUGUGGUUGAAAGUACUAUUAAGGAUUCCUCUGCCCUUCAUUCAGCUCUACUAAAGCAUGGGUCUGAGCUUCGUCAAAUUGCAAUCAUUUCACAUGAGCAUUUUCUCUCUAUUGUGAAAGGCCUUAAUGAUUUAACAACUGCUUUCACAGACAACAAUGGCAAACAACUCCAUUUCCAAGUAAAGAAAGAUACAGAUUCUACUAUAUUCUGGAAAGGCACUGUCAGAAUAAGAUGUAUCAAGAUAAAUACAGUAACAAAGAUGAGGGAAUCCUCAAGGCUUUUGAACUUGAAACAAUUCCUAAGGCUGUACAGAGAGAUCAUGUCCCAAGCUACUACAUAUUCUAUAGGACUGCAGGGCCAAGGGGCCAGCCAACCAGACCUUUGUGCUUCAAUGAUUCUCACAGAAGUAGAUUGUGCCCCUACAGUUGACAGUGAAUGUCCCAUUUGUAUGGAACACAAGGCAGAUGUAGUUCUGAGUUGUACACACAGUUAUUGCGAACAGUGCAUUAGCCAAUGGAGUGCUGAUCAUGAGAAUUGUCCGAUAUGUCGAGCAAAAGUCACAACGAAUGAUGAAUCAUGGGAAUUAACUGAGAAACCAGAUGCAUCGGAGAUUUCUGAAAUGACCCCAGAGGUCAAAGGUUAUCUUAUUGGACUGGCAGAUAAGUCGGGAGAACCAAAUAAUGAAGAUGCUUCCGUUGGUCAUUGUCAUUCCCCGCAAGAUGAUAAACAGGACAAGGAGUCCUUUCAGGGAACGCUAUGAAUUCCAAUUGCAAAAUUAAUCAAAAUCAAUACAACUCUUAUACAGGAAAUACUUGAUGAUAGAAGAGAAGGUGACCAGAUAUUUCUGUUUUGUGCCAGUAAUGCAUUUUAAUUUAUCAGGGUCUCUCUAGCUCUGUAUCUCAAGUUUGUGAGCAACUCUGAUUUAUCAUAAGCCAAAAUGUGUCCCUGGCCACUGCAUUCUCCAAGAAAGUGAUGUGUAUUGAAGGAAAAGAUUAUUGACUUGGGAAAUACAUGUUCAUUUUCCCCUUUGUAAAAUUUAUAAAAGGUUGCAUUAUCUCAUGGACAUUUUAGUAACUUUAUUAAUGAAGACAAUAUCUUCACAAAUACUUGCUUGGCACAAAUACUUGGACAUCAAUGCUUUUUGUGCACGUUUAAUAUUAAUAUCUAUGCAU